AUGAUCACAACAAAUUAUAAUAAUAAUAAUAAUAAUAAUAAUAAGAUUUCAAAUGGAAAUAGUUUUUUUUCACCAAAUUUAUUCACAUUUUCUUCAAGUAAAACUUUAACAUCAAGAAUUUUGAAUUUCAAAAAUAAUAAUAAUAAUAAUAAUAAUAAUAAUAAUAAUAAUAAUAAUAAUAAUAAUAAUAAUAAUAAUAAUAAUAAUAAUAAUAAUAAUAAUAAUAAUAAUAAUAAUAAUAAUAAUAAUAAUAAUAAUAAUGAUUAUAAUGAUAAUAGUAGUAAUGAAGAAGAAAAUGAAUAUAGUAUAAUUAAAAGAAAAAAAAAAAUAAAAAUUGCACCAACUAUUAGUAAAUUAUUAUCAAUCAAAAAAUCAGAGUUUAAUUCAGACGAUAACUCUGAUGAAGAGAGUUACGAAGACGAUUUCGUUGAUUAUGAAAAUGAAAAUGAAAAUGAAAAUGAAAAUGAAAAUGAAUAUAAAAAUGAAAAUGAAAAUGAGGAUAAUAAAAAUGAAGAUAAUCAAGAUAAUGACUUAGCACCAUCAUCAUCAAAACUAUUUCGUUUUUUAUGUACUCCUAAAAUCCAAACAAAUAUUAAAAUCAAUAAUAAUAAAAAUAAAAAUAAAAAUAAAGGUAAUAAUGAUUCAACAAAAAAAGUAGAUAGUGAAAUUAAUGAAAAAGAGGAGGAUUCAAAUGCCGAGUUAAAAUCAAAACCAAAGGCAAUUAGAAUAGAAGUAGAUUUAAAAUCAAAUGGAAUCAUUAUAAAUUUUCAACAACUUGUAUCAAACGAAUCUAAUCCAUUAAUUAGUAAUAAUAAUAAUAAUAAUAAUAAAUCACUUAUUUCACAAACUAAUAACUUUGUGAAAAGUUUUAAAAAUGAAAAUAUUUCAAAUAUUACUUUUAAUGAAAGAAAGAAUGUAUUAGGUAUGGUUUUAAUAAAGAUUGGUGCAGGUGCUAAAAAUAAUAGUAGUACUAGAGUAGAACAAAAAGUAGAAAAAGAAGAAGAAAGGGGAGAGGAAGAAGAUUUUCAUUAUUACCUUGAUAGUGAUGGUGAUUCAACAAUAUCAGAAUAUGAUAUUGAAGAUCCAUUCGUUGAUGAUAGUUUAUUAUUAAUUAAAGAUCAUGCUCAUUCUGAUUCAAAUGGAAUUGAUGAUGACAGUGAUGAUAUUAAUAAUUUAGAAACUAAUGGGUUCUAUGUCAUUCAAAAUGGUAUUGAUUUAAAAUUUAAUAAUAAUAAUAAUAAUAAUAAUAAUAAGAAUAAUAAUAAUAAUAGUGGUGGUGCCAAUAAUAAUAAUAAUAAUAAUAAUAAUAAUAAUAAUAAUAAUAAUAAUAAUAAUAAUAAUAAUAAUAAUAAUAAUAAUAAUAAAAUAACAAAGAAAAGGAAAUUAGAGGAUGAUCAAAAUAUACAAAAUGAAACUGAAAUUGAUCAAGAACUAUCAAAACCUCUGACAAAUGUAAUUAGAAAAUUAAAAACAUCACAACCACCAAAACAAACAAUCACAACAAGUACAAUUACAACAAGAUCAACAAAAAAAAAUGCAACAAUUGUUGAUAAUGAUGAUAAUAAAAUAAUUAAUAGUAAAACAAAUAAUACCAAUUCUAAAAUCAUUGUUCAAAAGAAUUCUAAUCCAAUUGAACAAAGAAAAAGAAAACUUGACGAUUCUAGAGAUUCAAAACAAAAAAGAAAAUCUAAAAAAUAA